UUCAGUUCCGUGAGUCGUGCUAUCGAGCGUAUUCCAAAAGCUAUAAUACAACACUGCGCGAUUUGCGUGUGACUAUUAAAAUAAAAUUUACGCUUUUUAAGUUAUAAGUUUAAGCACAAAUUAUGGCUGGAACUGCAAAUGCUGCGGCAAAGACCGAGAUGAUUGAUCUCACCAAGCUCAGUCCGGACCAAUUAAUGCAAAUCAAACAAGAGUUCGAGCAGGAAAUGACCAACAUACAGGAUUCGCUAUCCACUUUGCACAGCUGCAAAGCAAAAUACGCCGGCUCUAAAGACGCCCUCGAGGCCUUUCAGCCAGAUUGGGAGAAUCGCCAAAUACUCGUUCCUCUGACAAGCAGCAUGUAUGUGCCGGGUCGCAUAAAGGACUUGAACAACUUUAUCAUAGACAUCGGCACCGGCUACUACAUCGAGAAGGAUCUGCAAGGCUCCAAGGAUUACUUCAAGCGACGCGUUGAGUAUGUCCAGGAGCAGAUUGAAAAGAUCGAGAAGAUACAUUUGCAAAAGACGCGUUUUCUUAAUUCUGUGAUGGGUGUGCUGGAGAUGAAGCAGGCAGCAGCCGUGAAAAUGAUUCAGCAGCAACAACAACAACAGCAGCAGGGCAAGCAGAGCGCCUAGACGUGCGCCUGGACAAAUCUGAUUAAAUUAUUGAACUUC